AUGUUUGAUCUAAAUAUUCUCACUAAUACAUCAAAAUUCCCGUCCAAUGUACUGACACUACGUGAUGAUGAUUUUCUCAAUUUUGUUCGACAAGAAGCCAGUGAAGAUGUUGCUGAUUUGCUUGAAGCACAAAGUAUCAACUGCACUAAAUCAUUACUAAUGGCAUCAGAUGUUUUCUCUGUUAUGAAUAUCAAAAGUAAAAGUUUAGAUGCUCUUAAAAAGAAAAUUGGUUAUUUGCAAGAUGAUGAUACAUAUGUUGUCAAGCCAGGUGUAAGAGGCAAUGUGGAUCAUCUUAUUGAUUUGCUUCAACGUAAAUGUAUUGAAGAUGCAAAAUUAGCAAAGUCUUCAAAACACGUUCAAUCAUCAUCUGCAGCAUUAUCUUUAAAUAGAACAACAGAAGAACAAUCAACAGCAACAACAAUAUCUAAUGUUUUAUUGAAUAAUUCAUCAGAUACCUCAACAAUUCCAAGAUUAUAUUUAUCAAAUGAUGAACAUAAUAAAUAUAUUAUUGAUGCAAUAAAUUCCUGGUGUGAAAAUAAUAAAUCAAUAUUUAAUUUAAAAGAUUUUACUUUAAUUGAAGGACAACAUUUUUUUAUCUCUAUCUUGAAUCGACCAGAUGAUACACCUGGUAAAAUAAAAUGCUGUUGUGGUAAAAUAAUAUCAUUAGCUCUCAGA